CAGAAACGUAAUUGUGUGGAUGUAGCCUCGAGGAGUUGAGCUCCAAACUCGGCGACUAGAAGACCUACAAGUACGUCUAACGAUGGAUCACACUUUCCUGCCUCGGUCCAUCUGGACCGGUGACAGUAAAUUCCUCCAGCAUCCAGCGGAUCUCUACAGCAGUGUCAUAGUUACGCGCAGCAUCCCUGCAGGCACGUGCUUUGGUCCAUGUGUGCUCCAAAACACUUUCUAUGACACCAUCGCCUUCAUAGCGCAGAAGUCCUGCGACAAGAGAGCUAAACCCUAUGUGUUCAGGGUGGACCCUGAGGCCAUGCGCAAUUCUGCGCUGGUGCUGUCCUGGCUGCGGCUCGUACAGGCUGCGCGCAAUGGAGAGGAGCAGAACACAGAGGCCUUUCUGAAAGCGGGUCAGCUGUAUGUGCGGACCACCCGGGACAUCCGACAGGAGGAAGAGCUGCUGGUGUGGUACGACCAGGAGCUGUCUCACCUACUGGGCUUCACAGACAUGACCAGAGGAUCAAGUGAAGAAUUCAAAUGUGGCAGAUGUAACCAGGUCUUCAAGAACGAGUAUCCUUUCUUGGCCCACUGCCGGUUCCUGUGCACUCAAGUGAAGAGUGACCCCUGGAGCCGCGAAGUUUACGGGCACAAGCACGUGGAAAUGAAGAGGCAACACCGAGUGACAGAUUUCCACAACAUCGCCAGAGAUCUGGAACACAAAAAACCCAGCAGCAACGAGGACGCAGAGAUUUCUCCCAAGAGAAGGAAAUACGAGGAAACUCUUUAUCCCAAAGGCCGAAAAACAGUUCUGUUAGAAAAAACAAACAUUUCCAAUGAUGAUAAUAUUACACAGCUGAUUAAAGGUUACGAGCAGACAGCAGGGGACGCAUCUUCCUCUGCGGGGAAACUGAAAGCAGAUAAGAUCAUUAAACCGGAUCAUUUGGGAUGUAAGGAUGGUGCUUUUGUCGAAGUGAGGGGAGCCAAAGAGACUUUUACGCACGACAGAGAGAGAACAGGAGAGAGCUCUGGCGUGCACUCCAGUAGCAGCAGCGCAUUUUCCCUGGUUCUGUCCAACAGUCAGGGCGAGCAGAAAAGCGCUUUCUGUAAACCGAGUAAAAGAACUUCCCCCGCUGACCCCCAGGCGCAUCUCAGCAGCGCUACAACAGCCCCCUCUAGCCGCCUAGAGGAGAUGACUGAUGCUUUUACCUCCAGGACCGUUAUGGGAUACAACAACCUGAUAGCACCCAGCAUCCUGAGCGGUGACUUACAAACGGUGCCCUCCCCGGUUGCGUUAAACAGCGCUUUCCAUUACGCACCGGAGCACUGGUCCAGGAACAUUGGCGCCCAGUUGCAGACCACGUCCUCUCUCACGAUCCUCCCGCCGACUUACACCUCGUUCGGCGUCUCGGUGCAGAACUGGUGCGCCAAAUGCAACCUGUCCUUCCGCAUGACCUCCGACCUCGUCUUCCACAUGCGCUCUCACCACAAGAAGGAGUUCGCGGCGGAGUCCCAGGUGAGGAGGAGGAGGGAGGAGAAACUCACCUGCCCGAUCUGCCACGAAUACUUCCGAGAGCGGCACCACCUGUCGAGACACAUGACUUCUCACAACUGAGACGAGAAGGGACAAACAAAAAACACAAACAAACUCUAGGUCUAUUUAUUUCCUAAAUGAUGCUCGUAUUUAACAUGUUUAUACUCCAGAUUAGGUGUAUAACAGCGAAUGUAGGUACAUGUAAAGAAAAUAGCAAGACGGACAGGCAUGGCCACCACAGCCUGUCCACUAGAUGACGAUAGAGGUUCGCGCGAAGCUGAUCUCACUGCAGUUUGUUGUCUGUCCUUUUAGCCCUGUUUGUUAGGUUGAUGAUUAUUUUGUGCCUUAUGGAACU